UCAAAAUAACCGCAUUCGAUUUUAUUACCAUUACACUUUUGCAACCGAAUAUCGUCAUGAACAAAAUGAUUUUGCUCUUAUUAUUUAUAACCGUCGCGGACGUUGAAGCGGCAAGACGGAUUGUGGCAAGCAGAGAUGCAUAUUUAAACGAAUUCCCUUUUGCAGCAAGUUGGGGCUUCCUAAAUAGAAAACUGAAUAAAUAUAGACACAUGUGUACAUGCUCUAUUUUAUCUCCCACGUGGACAUUAUCUGCUGGACAUUGCGUGGAUGGAUUGCCAAAUAAUAUUUCAACAGUAAUAAGAUACAGUUCACAUUUACCAUCGGUAUCAGGAAUGUACAGCGGUGUUCUUCAAAUCAUCACACAUCCAAGAUACCAUACGGACACUUUGCAGUAUGACAUCUGCCUCUUUAAAACUGAACCAAUCAAUAUAACACAAUAUGCGACGAUAAGUGCAGUCGAUCACACAACUUUGAUAGGCCACGAGGCCGUCGCUUUAGGCUAUGGAAUAACAAAUGACUCAGCGACGUUACAUGAUACAAUGACACUGAAUAAACCGCUGCAAGUUAUGAAUGCCCUCCUGAUUCGAUGCUCAGGUGAUGAAACUAUAUUUCCAUUAAUUACAGUAUGUGUUACGCCAAAAUGUGACGAAAUAGCUACGCUGACAAAAGGUGAUUCUGGUGGGCCAAUUAUUCACAAAUCAGGGAUAGUGGGAGUGACAUCAUGGGGCAUGAGGCAGGUGAAUACUAAGAAGUCUUUUAAGAAGCAUCACAAACAUUACAUGCCCUUCGCUUCGUCAGGUGUUAUUACUGUUCUCAGUUCAUCCAUAGAUUGGAUUUCAAGUGUUACGUCAAAUUAAUGGAAAUUUUCUUUUAC